AGGACUGUGACAGAAUCUAGAAAAAUAGUGAGCAUUGAAUGGUGUUGUGGGAUAAGAUAGAAAGAAUAUUAGGACAACAAACCAAAUUAUUUCAUGAAAUGACAAGCAUUACAACAACAGUAGUGAAGACCAGGAAGAAACCCACCCCGACAACAACUACAGUGAUCUCAUCACCAUCUACACAAAGAUACAUUGAAGGAAUGCUCACACUGGAGAAAACAACAGUUACAAUGACUACACAGGCCAUGCAAGCUACACUGUUAACAAAUCAGGAGACAAUGAUGAAAUUACAGGAAAACAUGACUAAGUACCAUGGAGAAAUGAAAACAGAGAUGGAGGAGGUGAAGAGACAAGUGAGAAAGGAUAUCCAAAAGUUGGAUGAGAAAGUUGGCCAGAUUCAUGAAAUUCUACAAAAGAAUGAACAAAGACUCCAAACGAUUGAAAAAAGAACGGAAAAAACAGAAAGAAAAUUAGAGUCAGUAGACCAAAGAAUGCAAGAAAGAGACAAAGAAGUAGAGAACCCACUGAUCCAGUUGGAGAUGAAGAGGGCCUCAUUCUACUUACGUUUCCAGAAUGUGGUAGAGAUGAAGGAGGCAGACCUGACAGACAUAACGGCAGAGGCUACUGCGGAAGCACUUCAAAGAGAGAAGAGUGAGAUAAUCAAUGAAUUAGACGAAGUCUACCGACUCUAUACAAAUUACGCCAGAAGAUUCAGACUACCAAAGGAGGUUCACAUUCGUUUUGCUUGGAAAAAGGUGAGGGACAUAAUUUACAAGAUUACUAGAGAGGAACCUAUGACAUAUAAAGGUAAAGAGAUCAUAACAUUAAAACAGAUCUUGAAAAGAGUUCAAGAACAAAGGAAAGAUUAUCGCUUUCUGGCUGCCCGACUCAACAAAAAAAAAAUUGUUUAGGUGGAUUACACCAGAGGGAAUGUUGAAUGGAACAAAGCAGGAAGAGGAGAAAAGGAAGAAGGAAGAAAGACCACAAGAAGAAAAUAGAAUAAGAACAAGAGCACAAACAGAAGCAAGGAAUUACAGGAACUAAUUGGUAAAGGCAAAGAGAGAAAAUGGAUAAUAAUUUGAAGAUAUUAUCAGUAACUAUAAAUGGACUUAACUCCCCAGCAAAAUGGAAUCAAAUUUUGAAAAAAUUGGCAAAACAAAAAAUGGACAUAGUAUGUCUUCAGGAAGUACAUGUUAGAGCCCAAGAUAAGAGAUUUU